AGGAGUUGUGGAUAGACUGUAUCCAGAAAGGUCCCAAACCCACAACCUUUUAACCUUUGCCCCUAGCACCUCUGGCCCACCCCCCCCCCCCAACCAGGGCCUAAAUACGUCAUCCCAGUGCGCGGGAGAGGCAGAAGCUGCUGCCUGGGGCCAGGUUCUGAUGUUGGUGCCUGUUUCAAGAACCCUACAUAUAGCUUUGUUACAGAAUCAUAAGGUGGUCUGUCAGAUUUCCAGAGGCAUGAGACUGGUCCAGUUCCAAGCCCCUCACCUGAAAGGGCCUCACCUGGGACUAGAGGAGAAGGAUGGUGGUGGGGUGAUUAACCUCAAUGCCUUUGACUCCAGCCUGCCCAAGACCAUGAGGGAGUUCCUGGAACAGGGAGAAAGUGCCUUCUCUGUGGCAAAAAGAGCUUUGGAAUCUAAGCAGCCAGUUCUGAAACGGUCAGAGGUUACUUUUCUGUCUCCCAUCACCCAGCCAGACAAAGUGGUGUGUGUGGGCAUGAACUAUGUGGAUCACUGCAAGGAACAGAAUGUGCCGGUGCCCACGGAGCCCAUCAUUUUCAGCAAGUUUGGUAGCUCUAUCGUGGGGCCCUAUGAUGAGGUUGUCCUGCCUCCUGAGAGUAAAGAGGUGGACUGGGAAGUGGAACUGGCCUUUGUCAUUGGAAAGAAGGGCAAACAUAUUAAGGCCACAGAUGCCAUGGCUCAUGUGGCUGGGUUCACUGUGGCACACGAUGUGAGUGCUCGUGACUGGCAAAUGAGACGCAAUGGGAAGCAGUGGCUCCUUGGAAAAACCUUCGACACCUUCUGCCCUCUGGGUCCUGCCUUGGUGACCAAAGAUUGUAUAGCAGAUCCACACAACUUGAAGAUCUCUUGCCGAGUGAAUGGGGAGGUAGUACAGAGCAGUAGUACCAGCCAAAUGGUGUUUAAGACAGAAGACCUAAUAGCAUGGGUCUCACAAUUCGUCACUCUGUAUCCUGGGGAUGUCUUCCUGACUGGGACCCCACCAGGUGUUGGUGUGUUUAGGAAACCCCCAGUAUUUCUCAAGAAAGGAGAUGAAGUCCAAUGUGAGAUUGAAGGAUUGGGAACCAUCAUCAACAAGGUGGUGUGAUACCACUAGUCCCGGGACUUGCAAGCUCUGUUUCUUAGCCAGUGAUUGCUGAUCAACUUUACAACUCUUCUUUCUACUUCUUCCAUGGCAAAAAGUCACUGAGAAGUACAUAUUGACAAGAAAGCAAUCUGUUGAAUGCCUUCACCAACACGGAACAUCCACUGGGUCUGGUUGGCUACUAGCACCUUCUCAACCAGGCAAGGAUUCUAGGCUUGUACAGAAAGUGAAGUCCCCACAGUGCUUAAUACUGGAUGUCUCUCCUGGGCUUUUUGGGUUUGCUUUUGAUUUUUUGCAACCAGUAUCAGGGAGGGAACUAUCCUUCUAAUCAAUAAAUUUUCUUUAAUGAUGGUAA